AUGACGCUUUCCUUAUUAUUGAGAAGUACUAACAUUUUUAGGGCUCCUACCGCAAUUGAAACUCAAACUCAAACCACUCCAGCUUUCACCGAACCCCAGGUUCUGAAGCUCAAGCAGAAUGUUAGAAACCCAGACUCUCUGGUUGCUAACGCUGUUACCCCAGCUUUUGACUGGAACACCUUUGAGUUCGCUCCCAUCCGUGAGUCAACCGUUUCUCGCGCUAUGACCAAGCGUUACUUUGCUGAUUUGGACAAGUACGCUGAAUCGGAUGUUGUGAUUGUCGGUGCUGGUUCUGCUGGUUUGUCUGCUGCUUAUACUUUGGGUAAGGCUAGACCUGAUUUGAAGAUUGCCAUCAUUGAAUCAAACGUCGCCGUUGGUGGUGGAUGCUUCCUUGGUGGUCAGUUGUUCUCUGCUAUGGUCUUGAGAAAGCCUGCUCAUUUGUUCUUAAACGAUCUUGGAUUGGAGUACGAGGACGAGGGAGAUUAUGUUGUUGUUAAGCACGCAGCUUACUUUAUCACUACUCUUUGUUCCAAGGUUCUUGCUCUUCCUAACGUCAAGCUGUUCAAUGCCACCGCUGUUGAGGACUUGCUUACCAGAAAGGACGAGAACGGCCAGAUUCGUAUUGCUGGUGUUGUUACCAACUGGACUUUGGUCACAAUGCACCACCACGACCAAUCUUGUAUGGACCCCAACACUAUCAACGCUAAUGUUGUUUUGUCAGCUACUGGCCACGAUGGUCCGUUCGGUGCUUUCUGCAUCAAGCGUGGUGUCGAGAUUGGUGCCGUUAAAAAAAUGGACGGUAUGCGUGGUCUUGACAUGAACAAAGCUGAGGAUGCUGUUGUUAAGGGUGCCAGUGAAAUUGCUCCAGGAUUGGUUGUUGCCGGUAUGGAGGUUGCUGAGCACUCUGGUUCCAACAGAAUGGGUCCCACUUUCGGUGCCAUGGCUCUUUCUGGAGUCAAGGCCGCAGAGGAAGUUCUGAAGGUCUUCGAUGAGAGAAAGAAGCAGAACCAGCAAUGCUAUGGUGGACUUUCCGCUUAA